GAUCCGUAUCCUAGCCUAGCCUCAGCUAUCUCUCUAAUCUCUAAUCCUCUAUUGCUCAUUUGGUCUAUCACUCUAUCAAACUCUCAGGCUCCCUCUCAUCCAUCGGCUCGUCCACUCUAUCGAUUGCAAGAGUUCCGGCAAACAAGAGCCACCGGCCCACCGCUGCAAUUCCCGAAUUCCAGACGGCGGUUCCUCUGCGAGUCUGCGCCAGAGUAGCUGCCACCCGACGGCAGUCCCUCUGCCGUAGCCCCACCUGCCGAAGCCCGUGAAAAUUGAAGAAAUGAUGCGGUUAAGAGCUUUCCGGCCUACAAAUGAUAAAAUAGUGAAGAUACAUAUGCACCCCACACAUCCGUGGCUAGUUACAGCCGAUGCAUCGGAUCACGUUUCCGUUUGGAAUUGGGAACACCGCCAGGUGAUUUAUGAGCUUAAGGCUGGCGGUGUUGACGAGAGGCGUUUGGUUGGGGCAAAGCUCGAGAAGCUUGCUGAGGGUGAUUCAGAUUCUAGAGGGAAACCAACAGAAGCCAUGCGAGGUGGGAGUGUUAAGCAGGUUAGCUUUUAUGAUGACGAUGUGCGCUUUUGGCAACUUUGGUGCAACCGUUCUGCUGCUGCUGAGGCUCCAACAGCUGUCAGUAAUGUGACCUCUGGUUUUAGCUCUCCUGCCCCAUCGACAAAAGGAAGACAUUUUCUUGUAAUAUGCUGUGAGAACAAAGCCAUAUUCUUGGAUUUGGUGACAAUGCAUGGCCGUGAUGUACCCAAGCAGGACCUCGACAAUAAAUCACUUAUGUGUAUGGAGUUCCUCUCAAGAUCAAGUGGUGGUGAAGGCCCUCUUGUGGCUUUUGGUGGUUCAGAUGGUGUGAUUAGAGUCCUCUCCAUGUUAACAUGGAAGAUUGCACGAAGAUACACGGGUGGUCAUAAGGGAGCAAUAUCUUGUAUGAUGACAUUUGUGGCUGCAUCUGGAGAGGCACUUUUGGUUUCUGGUGGUAGUGAUGGUUUACUGGUUCUUUGGAGUGCAGACCAUGCUCAUGAUCAUCGAGAGCUUGUACCUAAGCUGAGUUUGAAGGCCCAUGAUGGUGGUGUUAUUGCUGUGGAGCUUUUUAGGGUGAUGGGCAGUGCCCCCCAACUCAUUACAAUUGGAGCUGAUAAAUUUUUAACAAUAUGGGAUACAAUUGCAUUUAAGGAAGUACGUAAAAUGAAACCGGGUUCAAAAAUGACUUGCCAUAGUGUGGCAUCUUGGUGCCACCCUCGUGCUCCAAACCUUGAUAUCUUGACAUGUGUUAAAGAUUCCCAUAUUUUGGCUAUUGAACACCCCACUUAUUCAGCUCUUACAAGGACUUUAUGUGAUCUGUCUUCACUAGUCUCCCCUCAACUACUUGCUUCACACAAGAAGCUCAGAGUAUACUCUAUGGUUGCACAUCCUCUACAGCCUCAUCUUGUUGCAACUGGAACUAAUGUAGGUGUUAUUUUGUGUGAAUUUGAUGGCCGAUCUCUUCCACCUGUUGCUCCACUGCCAACACCUCCAGGCAGUCGUGAACAUACAGCUAUUUAUGUAGUUGAGAGGGAGUUGAAGUUUCUGCAAUUCCAGUUGUCUAACACUGCCAGUCCAGCCCUUGGAAGCAAUGGAUCCUUGAGUGACACAGGAAGGUUCAGAGUAGACACUCCUGAACAACUCUUUGUUAAGCAAACUAAGAAGCAUAUUACCACUCCUGUUCCACAUGAUUCAUACUCUGUUCUUUCUGUAAGCAGUUCAGGAAAGUAUGUGGCAAUUGUAUGGCCUGAUAUACCUUACUUUUCAGUUUACAAGGUGAGUGAUUGGGCAAUAGUUGAUUCUGGCAGUGCAAGACUAUUGGCAUGGGACAUUUGUAGGGAUAGAUUCGCUUUGCUAGAAUCUGCACUACCCCCAAGGAUGCCUAUAAUUUCCAAAGGCAGCUCAUCUAAAAAAGCAAAGGAAGCUGCUGCUGCUGCAGCACAAGCUGCAGCUGCUUCUGCCGCUUCAUCUGCGACUAUCCAAGCCCGUAUCUUACUGGAUGAUGGGACAUCAAAUGUGCUCAUGAGGUCCGUGGGCACCCGCAGUGAACCAGUUAUUAAUUUGCAUGGUGGUGCACUACUUGGUGUUGCCUAUCGAACUUCUCGGAGAAUUAGUCCUGCUGCAGCUACAGCAAUAUCAACUAUUCAGGCCAUGCCGUUGUCAGGCUUUGGGAAUGGUGCUGGUUCUUCUUUUAACACUUUUGAUGAUGGAUUUUCUUCGCAACGAAAUUCAACCGAAGCACCUGCACAGAACUUCCAACUGUACAGCUGGGAAACAUUUGAGCCAGUAGGUGAUCUUCUUCCUCAACCUGAUUGGACAGCAUGGGACCAAACAGUGGAGUAUUGUGCAUUUGCCUAUCCUCAACACAUUGUCAUCUCUUCAUUGCGUCCCCAGUUCCGGUGCCUGGGAGAUGUGGCAAUUCCAUAUGCUACUGGGGCUGUUUGGCAACGGAGGCAGUUAUUUGUUGCUACACCCACUACUAUUGAGUGUGUGUUUGUUGAUGCUGGUGUCGCUGUUAUUGACAUAGAAACAAAACGCAGAAAGGAAGAGAUAAGACUGAAAGAAGCACAAGCACGAGCUGUUACCGAGCAUGGAGAGUUAGCAUUGAUAACAGUUGACAGCAAGCAAACGGCUGCUAAUGAGAGGAUUGCAUUAAGACCCCCUAUGCUACAGGUUGUCCGAUUAGCGUCUUUUCAGAAUUCACUCUCUGUACCCCCAUUCUUGAGUUUGCCUAAGCAACCCAAGGCUGAAAGUGAUGACUCAGGGAUGCUUAAAGAUACUGAAGAGAGGAGAGUUAGUGAGGUUGCUGUUGGUGGGGGCGGAGUUGCGGUUGCUGUCACUCGUUUUCCAGCAGAGCAGAAAAGACCAGUUGGACCUCUUGUCAUCGUGGGUGUUAGGGAUGGUGUUUUGUGGCUAGUUGAUAGAUAUAUGUGCGCACAUGCUAUAUCCCUCAGCCAUCCCGGCGUUCGUUGUCGCUGUCUAGCAGCUUAUGGGGAUGCUGUUAGUGCAGUGAAAUGGGCAAUUGGACUUGGUAGGGAGCAUCAUGAUGACCUGGCACAAUUUAUGCUCAGGAUGGGUUAUGCUACUGAAGCACUUCACUUGCCUGGUAUAUCUAAAAAGUUGGAGUUUGAUUUGGCCAUGCAGAGCAACGAUUUAAGAAGAGCACUUCAGUGUCUUCUAACAAUGAGCAACAGCAGGGAUAUCGGUCAAGAAGCUCUUGGUUUGGAUCUGAGAGACAUAAUGAGUUUGACAGAAAAGAAGGAAAAUGUUGUGGAAGCUGUUCAAGGAAUUGUGAAAUUUGCAAAGGAGUUCAUGGACCUUAUCGAUGCUGCAGAUGCCACUGGGCAGUCCGACAUUGCUCGUGAAGCUCUUAAAAGAUUAGCAGCUGCAGGUGCAGUGAAGGGAGCUUUACAAGGUCAGGAGUUACGAGGGGUCGCUUUGAGGCUAGCUAAUCACGGAGAGUUGACACGACUUGCUAAUUUGGUUAACAACCUGAUAUCAGUUGGUUCUGGACGAGAAGCGGCAUUUGGGGCUGCACUUUUGGGUGACAAUGGACUUAUGGAGAAAGCAUGGGAGGAAACAGGGAUGCUUGCAGAGGCUGUUCUUCAUGCUCAUGCUCACGGGCGACCUUCAUUGAGAUCCUUAGUGCAAUUAUGGAACAAAAUGUUACAAAAAGAAAUGGAGUGUAUCUCUUCAACAAAAACCGAUGCUGCUGCUGCUUUCUUGGCCUCCCUUGAGGAACCCAAGUUGACAAGUUUGGCAGAUGCGGCCAAAAAGCCCCCCAUUGAAAUUCUACCUCCUGGGAUGGCAUCACUCUAUGGUCCAAAUCUUAGUCAAACAAAUCGACCCAGCAAGCAGCAGCAAGGGGUACUUCAGAAAUCAGAUGCACCAAUGUUAUUAGAAGGUUCAAAAACACCACCACCAAAUCCAACAGUUCCUCCGGCUUCAGAAUCGGGUGUUCCACCUAACCCCGAACCAGAGACUGCAUCAUUGCCAGCUCCGGAAGUUCCGCCACAAGAAUCUGUGUCACCACCACCACCUCCACAAGGCUCUUCUGGUCCACAACCAUCGGAGGAACCAAUUGAUGCUGCCUUGCAAUCAGUCUCACAUGCAACUGCAGAAAUGAACCAAAAAGAAGAUUAUGAUAAUAAUCAUCGGGAUUUUGCCACAUCACCAUCGGAUACUUCUGCUCCCGCAACUGCAACUGGACAGAAUGUCCCAUCAACAUCUGCUGAUACGGUUUCAUCCUCAGUUGAGGUUGUGGCCACCCAUCAGCAGACUGAUAACAGCAAGGUUAGGGACUUUCUAAAUGAGCUACAAAUGAUUGAUUUUUCUUGACAUGCCACCCGGCGGCCUCCACUCUUUAUUGAUUGUUUACAUUCAUAUUUUCAUAUAUUGAGGCCAGCACACCGGUUUAGGAUACGAAUUGUGCUUGCACAUUCAAGUUGUGCUUGUUUAUUGGCUAGCCUAAAGCAGCAUUCUUUUUUUUGUACUUCUGGUGUGCGUGUGAUGCAAUUAUUUGUACAUUUGUAAUUUCUAUCACCGGCAUUUGAGGGUUAUAUGUAUUAUUCAACUGCUUGUUUUCCCAACACAUGAGCCCUUUAUGUGGUUAAAUAAUAUCUAUUUGGCUUU